AGCCGCCGCGGCCGCCGCAGCAGGAGCAGCCGCCGCCCGCCGCCGCCCCCCCCCCCCGCCGCCCGCCGCCGUCCCGCCCGCUCCCUCUCCCCCCCCACCUCCCUCCCCUCCUCCCCCCCUCCUCCUCCUCCUCCUCCUCCUCUUCCUCCUCCUCCCGUUACCGGCGCCGCCGCCGCCGCUCCAGCUCCCGCUGCCCCGCCGCCGCCGCAGCCCGACCCUCCGCAGCCCAAGAUGGACACCGGCGUCAUUGAAGGUGGAUUAAAUGUCACGCUCACCAUCCGGCUACUCAUGCACGGAAAGGAGGUCGGGAGCAUCAUCGGGAAGAAAGGGGAGUCGGUGAAGAAAAUGCGCGAGGAGAGCGGCGCUCGCAUCAACAUCUCAGAAGGGAACUGCCCCGAGCGGAUCAUCACCCUCGCCGGCCCCACCAACGCCAUCUUCAAAGCUUUUGCGAUGAUCAUCGACAAACUGGAAGAGGACAUCAGCAGCUCCAUGACCAACAGCACGGCUGCCAGCCGGCCCCCGGUCACUCUCCGGCUCGUGGUACCCGCCAGCCAGUGCGGCUCCCUCAUUGGCAAAGGAGGCUGCAAGAUCAAAGAGAUCCGAGAGAGCACGGGGGCGCAGGUCCAGGUGGCGGGGGACAUGCUGCCCAACUCGACCGAGCGAGCCAUCACCAUCGCCGGGAUCCCACAGUCCAUCAUCGAGUGCGUCAAACAGAUCUGCGUCGUCAUGCUGGAGUCUCCCCCGAAGGGCGUCACCAUCCCGUACCGGCCCAAGCCAUCCAGCUCUCCCGUCAUCUUUGCAGGCGGUCAGGACAGGUACAGCAGCGGCAGUGCGAGCUACCCCCACACCGCCCCAUCCAUGUGCCUCAACUCUGACUUGGAGGGACCACCUCAGGAGGCCACCCGGCAGCCACUGCAUGGCAACGAACUUGGGCCAAUUCCAGCCUGGGCUGCAGUUCUUCCGGUGACCUGGAACUGCAGGAGGACUCGGCGGGCCGUGGCUGUCCCCCUAACCUCGAGGCAUGGAAUUGGCAGGCCUAUACCAUUCAAGGACAGUAUGCCAUUCCACAGCCAGAUCUGACCAAGCUGCACCAGUUGGCAAUGCAACAGUCACACUUUCCAAUGUCUCAUGGCAACACUGGAUUCAGUGGUACGGAAACUCCUCCUCCUCCUCCUCCUCACGCUAGCGCGCGCCGAAGGCCG